AUGGAGCCAAUCGUUGUACGCGUUCUGCCCUCCUUUAAGAGCCCAUCUGAGAGUCCGAAGGCUCUGUAUCUCUUGAUUGAGGAAGUCUUCGCUGAUCUGAGGGUCAUCAAGAUACUGCCGUACAAGCCGGAGGACCUCACAGCCAAAGAGGGCAAGCCUAACGCGGCCGUCAUCAUCUUCUUUCCCCCAGGUUGGCCCGAUCUCAUCAGCCAAAUCACGAAGCCUAUUGCGAUCACCCUGGCUAGCCCUUUGGAGACCUUGCUUGAUCGUGGGGAUCACAUCGAGGUCUUCUGUUAA